CCGAAGCCUGCCUCCGGGACGGUGGAUACGAACAUUGUGACCCGGAAGCAUUCACCAGACGCACCGCCCCUCCCGCCCAAUAGAGCUGCCCGGAGACGCUCCACUUCCUUUCUGCGCUUCGCUGGCCGAGAGAGCAGGCACGGUCUCGACAUGCAGAACGACGCCGGCGAGUUCGUGGACCUGUACGUGCCGCGGAAAUGCUCCGCGAGCAACCGCAUCAUCGGCGCCAAGGACCACGCAUCCAUCCAGAUGAAUGUGGCCGAGGUUGACAGGUGCACAGGCCGCUUCAAUGGUCAGUUUAAAACCUAUGCUAUCUGCGGGGCCAUUCGCAGGAUGGGCGAGUCAGAUGAUUCUAUUCUCCGACUGGCUAAGGCUGAUGGAAUCGUUUCAAAGAACUUUUGACCAGAAGAGAUGGGGGAAUAUUUGUCAUAAAUAAAAGUGAGAAAGUA